ACAGCCAUGAGAUGCGGAUGCUUCUGCUGGAUCUCCUGAGGUCAUGGGUACAAAGUCAGGGCAGCAAUCAUUCUCCUGGGGAAAUGGGUAUUUCCUCCCCAUCAGACCAGUAUAACACAGAGAUGGUUGCAAAGGGACGUUGCUGGGAAUAUAAAGAUUUAUUGGCUGUAGAUUGGGGGAGAGGGGUGAAUUAUAGGAAGCUGUUAUUGCUCAGUGUCAACACUUUUGUUUCUUUGAGAUCUGUAGUUGUGCUCAUAAGUGAUUUUCCUGGUGGUUUUGACCCAGUAGAAGUUUAAAGGACAAAAGGUCUAUGUUGUGGAAGGUGUAUUCCUUCCUCGACUGCUAUUUAACUCGACAGGCCCUGGGAUUUAAUGGAGCUAUUCGCAAUGCAGGAGGCUGUGGCCCUGCCCUCAGGGUGGGAUGUGACAGGUAUAUGGAUUUGUGUUUUCCAGGCUCAACUGCCAUCAGGGGUCCAAAAGCAGUGAGCGGCCGGGAGCGGGGCUCGUUGACUGUGCAGUGUCACUAUGUCCACGGGUGGGAGACCUACAAGAAGUGGUGGUGUCGAGGAGCUGAUUGGAAUCUCUGCACGACCCUUGUUAAAACCACUGGAUCAGAGCAGAAGGUGAAGCAGGGCCGUGUGUCCAUCAUGGACAAUCAGAGAGACCGCGUGUUCAUCGUGACCAUGGAUGAGCUCAGACAAGAUGAUGCGGACACUUACUGGUGUGGGAUUGAGAGAACCGGAGUGGACCUGGGGGACAAAGUUAAAGUGACCAUUGACCCAGCACCAACUACAGUGUCAACCACCACCUCCACCACCACCACCACGUCCACAGCACCAGUCACCCCAGAAGAGACCCAAGUCUCCCCGACUCUGACCAGCUACCACUCUGACAGCAGUGGUGCCUCCAUAGAGCCCAGCGUCCUCAUUCCCCUCAUCUUUGCCGUGUUGCUGCUUCUCUUGGUGGCAGCAGCGCUCUUGGCUUGGAGAGUGGUGAAGCGACAGAAGAAAGCUCCUGGGAUAUCCCCAGAGCAGGUGCUCCAGCCCCUGGAGAGCGACCUCUGCUAUGCAAACCUGACCCUGCAGCAGACUGGAACCUCUCCCCGCCCCUCCCGGAAGAAGGCCUCCAGAAAGCCCCAUUCCUCUGCCCAGGCGGACCAGGUGGAAGUGGAAUACGUCACCAUGGCUCCCUUUCCAAUGGAGGACAUUUCCUAUGCGGCUCUAUCCUUGGACACCUGGGGACAGGAACCAACCUACAGCAACAUGAGCCACCUCAUCACCCACACCCCCAGCAGGAGCCAUGAGGAGCCCACGGAAUACAGUGCCAUCAGGAAGCCUUAGCCUGUGCUCCAGGACCCCCACUCCAACUCCACGUGGCCUGUGGGCACGUUCCUACCUCGUCUGCUUUCUGCCCACAGUCCCCUCACGGGUCCAACCGAUGACUGAGGCCUCUGGCUGAUCCAGCCAGCAUUACCUCUUGCUCUGACCUGGGCUCAGGGGGCUUCUGGGAGAUAGACAGGGAUCUCUCCUCAUCACUUCCUCUCCCACAGAGCUUGGGAGGGACUAGUGCUAUGC